AUUAUCUUUGGUAAUUUAUUUUUAAAGGUCAUUUACAAAAAUGCCGAAGAAGAAGACUGGUGCAAGAAAAAAAGCUGAAAGACAAAAAUUACGUCAAAAAGAUAUCAGAUCUGGGGAGAAAACAAAAGAUAUAACAGAAAAUCCCUGUAACUUUGUUAUGGAAUGUGACAGAUGUCAGAGGCUUCAGAAGAAUCGAGCGUAUUGUUAUUUUUGCUACAGUAUUCAAAAACUUCCAGUCUGUGGGCACUGCUCAAAACAGAAAUGUCUGGCAAAGUUUGGCGACUGUGUUAUCAAACACACUGGAACACAUGCUAUUGGUAUGGGUAUGGUGGGUGCAAUAUGCGAUCAUUGUGAAGCAUGGAUAUGUCACGGCAGAAAAUGUUUGACAACACAUGCAUGUACAUGUCCUCUUCUCGAUGCUGUAUGUUUGGAAUGCAGCAGAGGUGUUUGGGAUCAAGGUGGUCGAUUUUUCGUUUGUUCGUUUUGCAGCAAUUUCUUGUGUGAAGAUGAUCAGUUUGAGCACCAAGCCAAAUGUCAGGUGUUGGAGUCAGAAACAUUAAAAUGUGCAUCAUGCAAUAAACUAGGACAAUUUUCAUGUCUUCGUUGUAAGAUUUGUUUUUGUGAUGAUCAUGUGAGAAGAAAAGGACAUAAGUACACACGUGGUCAAAUUCCACCCUGCCCAAAGUGUGGAUAUGAUACGAAGGAGACAAAAGAUUUAUCCAUGUCUACACGAACGCAUCAAUAUGGUAGACAGAAAGAUGACGAGGAUGACUACGGUGACGCUUAUUAUGCAUAUGACUCUCAUUCAGCUUCUUCCAAUUUCACUGGCUUUGGAGGUGUUGCCUAUUAUGGAGAAGAUGAUGAUGAUGAUGAUAAUGAUGAUGAUGAUUAUGAUGAUGAUGACGAAGAGGAUGAGGAGUCCGAUGUUGAAUCAGAUGAUGAAGAUGCAGAAGAUAGUUCAGAAGAAAACAUUCCAGAUAUGAAGAAACUGAACAUAUGAGCUCCUUAAUGCAGGUCUUAUGGUCUGUCAAAUGAUACGCAAUAAUUUUUUAUACUAUUUUAUUUAUGUAUCUUUAUAAAUAGAAUCAUAUAACAACUA